AAAACUAACAGAAAAUGUGACCAAUUUGGAUCGAACUCUCUCUGUUCACUGUCUCUGGAACCAUUUAAAAGGAAAAAAGCAGACCCUAGCUAGCCAGACCCAGAUUCUAAAGAUGUCUGGGGAAGAAGAAGAGAAUGCGGCCGAGCUUAAGAUCGGAGAGGAAUUUUUGAGGGCCAAGUGUUUGAUGAAUUGUGAAGUUGCUUUGAUUCUUGAACACAAGUAUGAGCAGCUUCAGCAGACGUCUGAUGAUCCCAUGAAUCAAGUCUCCCAGGUGUUUGAGAAAUCACUGCAGUAUGUGAAGCGCUUCAGUCGAUAUAAGAAUCCUGAUGCUGUCAGACAAGUAAGAGAAAUCCUGAGUAGAUACCAGUUGGCUGAAUUCGAGCUAUGUGUGCUUGGCAACCUGUGUCCUGAAACUGUGGAGGAAGCCAUCGCUAUGGUACCUUCUAUCAAGACCAAAGGGCGUGCUCACGAUGAUGAGGCAAUUGAGAAAAUGGUGAAUGACCUGUCACUAAUCAAGAAGUUUGAGUAGCUUUCUGAGACAUUUGAGGCCUCCCUGAGUUAUUAUUGUUGUAAUGUUAGAAUACAGCUUGCUAUAUCGCCAUAGAUCAACAUUGUUAUGGUUUUCCUCUACUUUUAUUUUAUGAAUCUGUAUAUCUUACUAAAUGAUAAUGGAAUCUCAAGUCUGUAUUCAUUCCCCUUGAUUAAACGUGUCAUCCAGUGAUGGUGGCAAUGGAAUUAAAUUAUUCUGAAUAAAAUUUUAGAGAAUUAUUGCUUUAAA